CAACAACGCGCGGCGCACCCUCCCUCCCCACUUCGUUCUCACACGCAGUCACAAGGUAGGAGAACCAGGCUCCACCUCCUGUUUCUCUGAUCGUUUCAUGCAUGCUGAAGGCAUUGAUCUGCUGGUUGACCGGAGGGGGAUGGAAAUUAGAAGAUAUGCAAGAUCUACCCAAGGAAACCAUUAACGAUGCAAAACAUACUUUGAGGGAUCUUGCGCUGCGUGCGGCUGAUCUGCCCAUAUAUUUGUACAACUCCCUGCCAGAGGUAAAGCUCUCCCCUUUUGUUAGGAAGCUCAUCCUGAUCUCUGUGGUGGGGGCGACCUCCUUUGCUAUUUUGGCCCAUCAGUUGAAACGAAAGCGAAGGAAGAGGAAACAGGAGGAGGAGGAGGUAGUGAAGGUGCAGAUGCCAUGGGAGCAAGAACUUUUUAUUCCGGAAUUUUCCAGAACAGUAGCAUCAGAAAAAGACUCUAGUUGUGCCAGUAGUCGCCAGAACCUGAGCCUCUCCUUGCAGUCGAAGGGAUCGCACUCGUACAGCACGUACGCGUCUGCAGGGCUGCUCAGCAGGUACUCUGGCUCAGUGCAGAGCCUAGCCUCGGCCCAGAGUGUGAACUCUUCCCAGAGCUGUCUAUGCGCUGGUUCGAACCUGUGGGACAAGGUUGCUGAAGACAAUGAAAUCAAUCUGGUCAAUGUGCCAGUGACCACUCCUGAAAACCUUUACCUGAUGGGGAUGGAGCUGUUUGAGGAGGCGCUGCAGCGGUGGGAGCAGGCCCUGAGCUUCCGCAGCCGGCAGGCGGAGGACGAGGUGAACUGCGCCUCGGUCAAACUGGGAGCAGGAGAUGCAAUCGCGGAGGAAACGGUGGAGGACAUCAUUAGUGUAGAGUUCAUACACAAGCUGGAGUCGUUACUGCAGCGAGCUUAUCGGCUGCAGGAGGAGUUUCAGGCUACUCUGGGAGCAUCCGACCUGGCUUCUCUGGCGAAUGACAUUGACAGAGAGACCGACAUCACAGUCAGGGACACCGAGGAUGUCUGCCAGAGGGACACGAUCAGCAUUGCGUCGACAGAUUCGUUUGUUUCAGCGGCGGAGCUAACAGAACACAGGGACCAUCGGGGCAGUGCCUACGGCUUGGGGUCGUGGUGUCACCUGCCUCUUUACGAAGAAGCAAUGCAGCUAGCAGAAGAAGGGAAGGUGUUCUGCCGCGUCCUGAGGACGGAGUUGUUGGAAUGUGUGGGCGACAGUGACUUCCUGGCCAAGGUGCACUGCGUGCGUCAGGCUUUUCAGGUAAUUCUGUCAGAUGCCUCAAAUAUGAAGUAUUUUGCAGAGAUGGGGAAAAAGAUCCUGUCUGCGAUAAUGAUGAAAGCUCACAAGAAUCCAAAGAGGUUUGUGGAAGUCUUUGAGGACAUGAUGUUCUUCCUGCAGCAAACCGAUCACUGGGAGACAACUCAACGGGAGCUUGCGUCACGAGGGGUGAAGUACAUGAAUUUCUAUGACGUCGUUUUGGACUUCAUCCUGAUGGAUUCUUUUGAGGAUCUGGAGAACCCCCCUUCAUCGAUACAGAACAUUGUCAACAAUCGGUGGCUAAAUAAUUCCUUCAAGGAAACUGCUGUGGCUUCGAGCUGUUGGUCCGUUCUGAAGACGAAGAGACAGCAGAUGAAGGUGCCAAAUGGCUUCAUUGCACAUUUCUACUCUGUUUGUGAGCACAUCAGCCCUGUGUUGGCAUGGGGGUUCUUAGGACCCAGGAACUCCCUCUUUGAUUUGUGCUGUUUCUUUAAGGAACAAGUGCUCUUCUUCCUGAAGGACAUCUUUGACUUUGAGAAGGUGAGAUACACCAGCAGGGAGAGUCUUGCCGAGGACAUCUUACACCUGAUCCAGCGCCGUACAGAGCUCCUGGUGGCUUACCUGGGAACAGACAACCUGAGGCAUCUGAACGGGGCAAGUCUUGAAGAAGCAGCUAUCCUGGGCCAAGGAUGAUGGGACAUAUUGCAUGGUGCCUAUAAUUCAUUAUAGACUCAGGGAGGUUUCCAAAGGAAAAGAAUCCAGGAUUUUUUUUUAAUAUAAAUUCUUUGUGUUGCAUAGUGAGGUUGAGUCCGGAUCGGUUGCUUGGAAAUCCCAGUUGCAAUGAGGAAAGCCAAUUCAUUUGGUCUGGAGAUAUCCCUACAAUUGUAUUACCUGCAGUAAACAGUGUAACUUUGGAUUGUCUGCCAUUCUGUUGUUCCCCUCUGGUUAAGGGUUUUUAACCAGCAGGAAUACUGUUAGGGUUGCCACCUCUAACCAGUCUCGAUCGCAGAGGGUCAUGAUCCCAGCACCUCUCUCUGGAGUAUGCACAUUCUCUCCGUGACUGCCUGGGAUUUUUUUCUGGGUGCCACAGCUUCCUCUUACAUCCAGGAGGCCGUUCAGCCUAUUUAGUCAAUGCCAGCUCUGAGAGUGUUCCCCCAGUCCUAUUUCAAAGCGUAGAAUAUAGGACAAAUAAACCCUUUGACCCUCGAUGCUGUGCCACACUAUAUAAUCCUAUCCACGAUCAAUCUAAUCCUUCCUUCCUACACAGCCAUAGCCCUUCAUUUUCCUACACUCAUGAGCCUAUCUCAGAGUCUCUUAAAAGCUCCUAAUAUAUUUGACUCUAUCCCCGCACCCAGCAGUGUUUUCCAUACACUUAACACUUUCUGUAUAAAAAGAAACCUGUCUCUGACAUCUCCCCUAUACUCUCCUCCAGUCACCUUAAAAUGAUGCCUCCUUGUAUUAGCCAUUCCUGCCCAAGGAGAAAAGGGGCCAGCUGUUCACUCUUUCCAUUUAUCAUCUUGUACAUCUGUUUUAUGCUGUAAGUUUGACUGUGUUAAGAUAGUCGUGGCACACAUUUACAGUGGCACAUUUCACUCCAUCCACACAGUUCCCGCAGGACACUCUUCCAAAUGGGGCUGAUCUUUACCCUCAUCAGACAAUGAGACCCUAAGACAUAGGAGCAGAAUUAGACCAUAUGGACCAUCGAGUUUGCCGCACCAUUUCAACAUGACUGAUUUAUUAUCCCUCUCAAUCCCAUUCUCCUGCCUUCUCCCCAUCACCUUUGACACCCUGACUAAUCAAGAACUUAGCAACCUCUGCUGUAAGUAUACCCAGUGAUUAGGCCUCCAUAGUUGUCUGUGGCAAUGAAUUCCACAAAUUCACUACCCUUAGGCUAAAGAAAUUCCUUCUGAUUUCUGUCCUAAAUUGACAUCCCUCUAUUCUGAGGCUGUCCUCUGGUCCUAGGCUCCCCCACCAUAGGAAACAUCCUCUCCACAUCCACUCUGUCCAGGCCUAUGAGACUUCCACCCAACCCCACCUCCCCUCAUCCUUCUAAACUCCAGCAAGUAUAGGCCAGGCCCAGAGCUAUCAACAGCUCCUCACUAACCCUUUCAUUCUCUGAAGCAUUUCUGUGAACCUCCUCUGGGCCCUCUCCAAUGCCAGCACAUCUUUUCCUAAAUAAGGAGGCCAAAACUGCUCACAAUACUUCAAGUGCAAUCUGACCAUGCCUUAUAAAGCCUCAGCAUUACUUCCUUGCUUUUAUAUUCUGGUCCUAUCAAAAUGAAUGCUCCCAUUGCAUUUGCCUUCCUUACCGUCAGCUUAACCUGUCAGAUAACCUUGCAGCAAUCCUGCACCAGGCCUCCCAAGACCCUUUGCAUUCCGAGUUUUGAAUUUUCUCCUCAUUUAGAAAAUAGCCUAAGCUUUAUUCCUUCUCCCAAAGUGCAUGACCAUACAAUUCCCCACACUUUUCCCAUUCUCCCAAUCUGUCUACGUCCAUCUGUAGACUCCCUGCUUUCCUCAACACUACCUGCCCCUCCACCUAUCUUUGUAUCGUCCACAAACCUGGCCACAAAGCCAUCAAACCCGCCAUCCAAAUCAUAGAUGUAUAACGUGAAAAGAAGUGAUCCCAACACAGACCCUGCAAAACACCACUAAUCAUCAGCAACCAACCAGAAAGGGCCCCUUUUAUUCCUACUCUUUGCCAGUCACCCAAUCCUCUAUCGAUGCUAGUAUCUUUUCUGUAAAACCAUGGGUUCUUAUCCUGUUAAGCAGCCUCAUCUGCACACCUUGUCAAAGGCCUUCUGAACAUCCAGGUAAGCAACAUCCACUGACACUCCUUUGGCUAUCCUACUUGUUAUUUCCUCAAGGAAUUCCAGCAGAUUAGUCAGGCCUUAAGGAAACCAUACUGAAUUUGACCUAUUUUAUCAGGGGCCCCCAACUACCCCAGAACCUCAUCCUUAAUAAUGCACUUUUUUCCAGCAUCUUCCUAAUCACUGAGGUCAGACUAACCGGCCUAUAAUUUCCUUUCUUCUUCCUUCCCCUCCUCCUAAAAGUGGAACGAUAUUUCCAAUUUUUCCAAUCCUCCUACACCACUCCAGAACCUAGUGAUUCUUGAAAGAUCAUUACUAAUUCCUCCACAGUCUCUUCAGUCACCUCUUUCAGAACCCUGGGGUGUAGUUGCUCCUUGGAGUGGUACCUCAGCAGGAAAUUGCUGCCUGUCCAGCUCUCAGGCGGGCAGGUUCUGGAGCACAUAGCUGAUCCAAAAACUCCCCCGCGGCUGACUGGGACCUGGACCCGAUGAUCAGAUGGAGAAGUGGCAAACCUAGACAGCUCAAUUGUUCUAUCAAGCGACGGCUUAUGUGUUUGGUAUCGUCUGCUUUAUAUGGUCCAUAAUGUGACUGUGUACACUUUGAUAUCUCUGUAUCUAUAUCUCUUAAGAAAUAUAUAUAUCUAUAUACAUAGCACCUCAAAGAGCACACAAACUAUUCACCUUUGAACAGGUACUUGAAUUUUGCAUUUGCCAGCCUGAACCACUAUGAUAUUGCUGUCGUUGUACUAUGAAAUAUUCUGACAGGAAUGCUUGUAUUUUGAGGAAGUUGACUAAAUGAAUAAAAGCUGCCUUAUACAUGGUGGGUCUGUAAGAAUCUAGCAAUAUAUCAGUGUAUUUUAAUUUGAAGCAAUGCUGCCCCAAAACAGGAAACACAAACUGCCUGUGCUUGUUGCUGAUUUUGUUAGCAAGCACUGGGUGUUGUAGAAGAUCCUCAGUAGGUAAAGCACUUUAAAAAAAAAUAAAUUGCUUCCUGUU